AUGUCCCCCCUCUACACCCUCAAAACGAAUGAAACCUCCCUCCACGGCCUCCUCCCCGCGGAGAAAGAACGCUGCCGCCAGGCCCAGCUCCACGCGGAAGAAACCGCCAGAGUCCGCGACGACUGCCGCGCCGCACUAUUCCAAUCAUUCACCGACCUGCGCUGCCUCCCCGAGACAGAGAUUAAUUUCUCAUACGCCGAGGAGGUCGAUAUCGCCAUCCGACGGCUGGAUCUCGAAGGGGAGGUGGAGAGCAAGUCUCGGACGGAAAACAGUCAUACCCAUAACCGGCAUGUCUUUUUCGAACCGUUCGAUCUCGACCGCGUAAAAGAGAUGAAGUCUGAUCUGCGCGAUGCGGAUAGCCGGAGAGUCCUGGAUUGCCAAGAGGGGCUGUGGGAAGGGGCCAAGGUGGAGGAUCGCGGCGCGGAGGAUAGUCUGCACUCCUAUCACGAACCUCACAAAAGCAGCAGUACCGCAACAGAUCGCGUUCGGGAACCACACUACCUAAAGAAGCUUCUCACUGCCGCACCUUGUUCCCAUGCUACUCCAAACCUUCAAGCCCGCUGGCCUCCCGAGUCUACUCUCACUAUUGACCUCAAGCCUCCCCACCUUUUCUCGCUCAACACAGCGAAUGUACGAUGA